GGGAGGUUACUCUCAGUAACUCUGAUAUUCAUUUCAAUACGGUCUCAGUUUGACAAAUAUUGAUUUAUUAGACUCGACGGAGCCUGAGCAGGCGGAAUUGUAUGAGAAAUUGUCAUAGCAACGCUGAUUGUUAUAAGAUGGCCGCUGAUAACGUUUGGGAGGAUGUUGAUAUUAAAUUUGAUAUUUCAUCAGCACAGAUGCAACCACGGAGUGGGGAGAAAGUUGUUGACAUUGUUGACAGUGUGGAAGACACAAAAGGGAAUAAUGGAGAAAGAGGACGCCUGAUUGUAACAAACUUGAGAUUUAUCUGGCAUGCCCAGGUUAUUCCGAGAAUCAAUUUGUCUAUUGGACUAAGCUGUAUUAUCAGUAUAGCUACCAAGACAGCCAAUUCAAAACUGAGAGGGACAACUGAUGCCCUCUAUGUUUUGGCCAAAGCCCAGACACGGUUUGAAUUCAUCUUCACAAAUUUGGUGCCGGGGUCUCCAAGACUUUUCACAUCUGUUAUUGCAAUACACAGAGCAUACGACACGACUCGGCUGUACCGUCAGCUGAAACUAAGAGGAGCCCUGAUAGAAAACAAAGAGCUGAAGUUGCUGCCAUUAGAACAACUGUGCAGCAAAGUCAAUGGUGUUUGGAAUCUCUCCAGCAACCAGGGUAACCUUGGUACUUUUUAUAUCACAAAUAUCCGGGUAGUUUGGAAUGCCACAAUGAAUGAAGCAUUUAACGUCAGUAUUCCAUAUUUACAAAUAAAGUCUGUGAAAAUGCGUGACUCUAAAUUCGGAGUAGCCUUAGUCAUUGAAAGUUCAGUUCAGAGUGGCAGCUACAUUCUUGGAUUUCGGAUUGACCCCAAAGAGAAACUGGAAGAUGUAUGCAAAGAGAUAUUAAGUCUGUUGCAAGUCUAUCGUGCUGAUCCUGAGUUUGGUGUGCAGUAUGAGGUGAAAGAGAAGACUUCAAAUGACCCACCACAGGUUCUCCAAGAUGUUGUGGAUGAUGUUGAAAUUGAGGAAGAUGGCACUAGCGAUGCUUUUGCAGCCUACUUUGCUGAUUGCUGCAAGAUCCGGGACCAUGAGCCAGUGUUCUCUGACUAUUUAUCCUUAGCCAUUGAGAAAUUACCAGAAAAUGUCUCUCUUAAAAGUCUGUGGAAUGUUUUAGCAUGACUUUCUUUUAGUUUUCUAUAAAAUCCCUGUAGAUACACAUA